AUGUUUACAUUUACGUUAUUGACUCCUCCUGAUGGGAGUGAAUCAUGUAAAGCAUCAUUGUUAACCAUUGAUGAUUUAACCAUUUUGGCUGAUCCUACUUGGAAUGGGAAAAAUCAUAAUGAUAUCAAUUUUCUCGAAUCUUAUUUAGAAGAUGUCAAUGUUAUAAUAUUAUCCCAUUCAACCCCAGAAUUCAUAUCAGGAUUCAUGUUAUUAUGUAUUAAAUAUCCUCAUUUGAUGAAUGACAUCAAGAUCUAUUCAUCUUCAGCAGUAAGUCAAUUAGGUAAGGUUUCAACUGUUGAAUUUUAUAGAUCUUUAGGUAUUAUAGGACCUUUAAAAGAUGCAUUAUUAGAGAUAAGUGAUGUUGAUGAAUGGUUCGAUAAAAUUAACGGAUUGAAAUAUUAUGAAACCACAAAUGUGAUGGAGAAAUCCGUUAUAACGCCGUAUAAUUCUGGUCAUACAUUAGGUGGGACAUUUUGGUUGAUUCAAAAGAAAUUAGAAAAAAUCAUUUAUGCUCCAAGUUGGAACCAUUCCAAAGAUUCCUUCUUAAACGGUGCUGGAUUUUUAUCUUCCUCCACUGGGAAUCCCAUCAGUCAAUUGAUGAGACCUACUGCUUUGAUCACUGGUAGUGAUUUAGGUUCAAAUAUUUCCCAUAAAAAAAGAGUAGCUAAAUUUUUACAAUUAGUAGAUGCUACAUUAAACAACGGUGGGACAGUAUUAUUACCUACUUCUAUAAGUGGAAGAUUCCUCGAGUUAUUACACAUUAUUGACAGUCAUUUGAAAAGUGCACCUAUACCAGUAUUAUUUUUAUCUUACAGUGGUACUAAUGUUUUAAGGUAUGCCACUAAUUUACUUGAAUGGAUGUCUUCACAAUUAUCAAAAGAAUUAGAAAGUGCUAAUUCAAUGAAUCCAAAUUCAAACUCAAGAAGUCAUUAUCCUUUCGAUCCUUCUAAAGUAGAUUUAGUCGGUAAUACUUAUGAACUAACUCAAUUGAAUGGACCCAAAGUUGUGUUCACUUCAGGGGUUGAUAUCAAAAGUGGAGAAUUAUCUUCAGAAGCUUUGAGAUAUUUAUGUCAAGAUGAAAAUACAUCCAUCAUUUUGACAGAAAAGGCUCAUUUCGGAUCCGAUGAUACUAUUAACAGUCAAUUAUAUAAUGAAUGGUACGAAUUAUGCAAAUCAAAGAAUGAUGAUAAAGUCGAAGAUGGUGUAGCUGUGUCUUUGGAAAAGGUCAUAAACCUCAAAGAAUGGAGCUUGGAGGAAGAAUUAGUUGGUGGUGAAUUAAAUGAAUAUCGUGAAAAAGUUAAUUUCAAAAGGAAACAAAAAUUAUUAGAACAGGUGAGAGACCGUCAAAGCAAGAACUUAUUAACCGGUGAAAAUUUCGACGGAGAAAGUUCGUCGGAUGAUGAUGAUGACGACGACGAUGAUAUGGAAGAGGAUGGUAUCGAAGCUAAUGGGGAGACCAAAGAAAACGGUGAGGCUAUGGAAGAUGUAAAUACAAACGGAGAUGCUGAACCAGCUAACGAAACCAACAACAACUCAACCGUAAAUGGUAUAGCACACGAAGAAGUCAAGGCAACUGUUAAUUUAAUGGAUGAUGCUGCUACUCAAGAAGCACUUGUGGCUGAAAAUAUUAAGAAUUCCUUUGAUCAAAACCUUCCCUUGGAUAUCAAAAUCACCAGUAAAUUGAGGGCUAGAAACGCUAUGUUUCCGUUCUUCUCCAACAAGGAUAAACAAGAUUUCGAUGAUUAUGGGGCAAUUAUCAAUAUUAGCGAUUUUGAAAGAAAAGAUGAAACUAAUAAUCAACUCGGUUUGGAACCAAAAGUCGAUGACAGAAGAAAUUGGGGAGCCAACAAAGAUGAUGAUACGGAUAUGAUGAAUAAUCAAAGCAAAUUGACCCCUCAAGAGAUGUUAAACAAUGAAAUCAUUAAGAAGAAUCUCGAUAGUUUAUUCCAACCACGUAAAAGAAUUCCUGUUACUCCUAACUCCAAUAUAAUGGGAGCUGAUCCAUUAAAAUUAACUAUCAAAUGUAACUUAUCAUACGUGGAUUUAUCAGGUUUAGUGGAUUUAAGAUCGUUCAGUUUAAUUGUUUCAUCCUUGAAACCUUCAAACCUUUUAUUAUUACCUGAUACUACAAGUUUUAAUGACGAUGAUAAUGGUAUCAAGAGAAUCAAAGAUUUAUUGGAACAAAAAGCCAAUGCCAACGAAGUUGAUAGUAAAGAACAUUUAGUAAAAUCAGCUCAGUAUUUAUCUAUACAAACUAUAAGAACAGGUAAUCUUACCAAUAAAGCCAGUAAGUUGGAAAUUAAAGAGGUGAUUUCAAACGACAAAAUAAAGAUAGGUAGUGAUGAAGAUUCUGUAAACUAUGGAGAUUUCGAAGUAAAAUUAGAUGAAUCCAUAUCCAAAGAUUUACAAUGGCAAACCAUCGAUGGGAGUUAUAGAGUUGCACAAAUCAUUGGUCAAUUGGAAGUUCAAAGCAAUAAAGUUGACGAUGGUGCUAAAUAUUCCAAGAAGCGUAAGAUCAAUCAAAUAGUGAAUCAAUCUUCAGAAUUUACCUUGAAAAAAUUCAAUAUCGACCAAUUAGAUUCUUCAAAAUCACUUGCUGGUGGAUCUAAAUUAGCUAUAGGUAAUGUAAGGUUACCAGAAUUAAAGAAAAGAUUACAAGAAAAGAAUUUAAAUGCCGAAUUCAAAGGUGAAGGUACAUUGGUUGUAAAUGAUUUGAUUUCUGUUAGAAAAGUCACUUACGGUAAUGGAGAUAUUGAUGACACUGGUGAUAUAGUCAUCCAUGGUCAAUUUGGGCCUUUAUAUUAUCAAAUCAAAGAAUGUAUCCGUGAUAUGUUAGCUUAUGUAUAG